UGGGUUGGUGGUAGUGAAUGAAGGGACCACUUAGCAGAUUCUACGGGAGUAAUAAGAGUUGAGAGAAAUACUGAACUCACUUCAGAGUGGUGAUAGUGUAUUAAGAUCUCUACGUUCAGACACACACUCAACUUAACCCCAUUCAAAUCUACCACUAUUAAUCCACACUCUCACACUUCUACAACCUCACUGUCUACACAGAGACACAAUACCCAAUCACAAACAAUGCCUACAAUAACACCCCAACCUCAUAUUCAAUCUCAAUCUCAAUCACAAUCACAAUCACAUCCUCGUUCCCCCUUCACCACCUCCGACGAAAACAACUCCGUCACGUGGGAACAUCUCGAACAUGCGCCUCCGUCCCUUUCAUCUCUGUCAGCGGAUACUACUGCUCGCAAUAAUGAUGGCCGGUCUACUGCGGAGAAUUAUUCUGGAAGGGUUCCUGGGCUUGAAAUGCGUGCACGGUCUGAGGCGGUGCAUGUUGAGGAUGUGAUGGGUAUGGGUGAUGGGACUGGGGCUACGACGGGGAUGGGGAUGGGGCCUGGGCCUGGUAGGGCGCCGGCUAUUAGGAUUUAUCCGCCUGGGGAUACGGUAUCUACGUCUGCGUCUGUAUCUAUGGUGGGUGGUGAUGGGGGCGAGCAAAGAGGAGGAGGGUCUACAAAGUCUGCUUCUUUCUUUGGGAGAUAUGAGGGGUUGGGGAGGUGAAUUGGGUGAUGGUCCGUGAUGAGAUUCGUCCUUCUGGGUGGUGAGAGCAGUGAAAGGGGGUUCAAGCGCCUUGUGCUUGUGGUGUUGCCUAGCGCUGCUAUCAAUAUUACUAGUGGAGAUGUCCUGACGGCUGCACACCGCUUGAUAAUCUGCUUAAUUCAU